CAGUGUGGUGAGAACAGCAGCAAAAAGAAGAAGAAGCUUGAGGGAAGGAGGGUCAUGUGCUGAAGCUCCACCCCUUAUGAACCACUUAGCUCGCCUGUCUGUCAGACUGGGUUAUUUUCACACACUCUGAGCCUGGGCAAGAUCUCCAGUGUGAUUAUGAAUCCACAGAGGCUACCACAGAAACAGACAGCAUGAUCUACAGACUCCACAGCCUGAAAAGAAUAGGAACUUAUCCAGACCUGCCACCAGUGAAGAGGAAAGUCUGUUACCACUAGGCUGAGCUCAACAUUUCACUCCUAAGAAGAGGAAGAAACCAGAACAAAGGCAGCUGAAGAAAGUCUGCUCAUGAGUUUCACAUUAAGAUGAUGGAUCUAAAAAAGCUCAGCGGUGCCAUUUACUGCAGCCUGAAGCACAAAAGAAAACACCUUUGAGAAGAACAAGACCAGAAGACUGCAGCGCUACUUUAUCCCUGGGUGAAGAUGCCAAACAACGUAAGCUGUGAUUUCAAAGAUGACUUCAAAUACACGUUAUACAGCAGCGUCUUCAGCCUGGUGUUCAUACUGGGACUGCUCCUGAACAUGGUCGCUCUGUACAUCUUUACUCGUACCCUCCAACAAUGGAACGAGACCACCAUAUACAUGAUGAACCUGGUGGUUUCCGACACGCUCUUCGUCCUCAGUCUGCCCUUCAGAAUCUAUUAUUUCGUUAACCAGACAUGGCCUUUCGGACACACCCUCUGCAAAAUCUCAGUCUCGCUGUUCUAUACGAACCUGUACGGCAGCAUCCUGUUCCUCACGUGCAUCUGCGCUGAUCGCUUUCUGGCCAUAGUUUACCCUUUCGCGUCCAGAUCACUGCGGACUAAAAGAAAAGCGAAGAUGGCCUGCUGUGGAAUUUGGAUCAUCGUGCUGUCGGGGAGCUUCUCAGUAGGAUUUAAAAUAAACAUAUCAGACAGCACUGCGAAUCGCAGCUUCUGCUUCGAGAAAUACAGCAAUCAACAGUGGAAGUCUGAAUUAUCCAAAGUGGUGGUGUUCAUGGAGAUGGUGGGCUUUGUGAUUCCACUGCUGAUCAACCUCUUCUGCUCCAUAAUGAUCAUCAAGACCCUGCGCCAUCCUACAGGUUCAAACCACGAAGGGCAAUUUAACAAGACCAAGAUCUUGCGCAUGAUUGUGGCCCAUUUACUCAUCUUCUGCUUUUGCUUUGUCCCGUAUAACAUCAAUCUAGUGUUUUACACUCUAGUCCGGAGUCAAACCAUCACCAACUGCACAACGGAAAGGAUCGUCAAGAGCCUCUACCCCGUAUCGUUUUGCAUCACGGUGACUAACUGCUGCUUCGACCCUGUUGUCUAUUACUUCACCUCUGAAACCAUCCAGAACACCAUCAGGCGCAAGUCGAACGCCGUCCGCAGCGGCAUAAAGCACUGGGAUGUACCGGGAUCCUCAGUGUGCAAGUCCCUGAGAACAAAAUUCCUCAGUGAUGAGUCCACAUUAUGAGGACAAGAAGAGGGAAGGGAAAAAAAAUAAAUAAAUAAAUUACAAAACAUUCCAUACCAACACAACAAGACUGGGUUGACUGUUCUGUGAAUUUUUUUUGUGUAUAUUUUUUAUGUAAUUAUUAUUGUUUCACUGUGUAUAUACUGUAUACUAUAUACUGUAUAUCUGACAGAUUUAUUUUGCUUCCUAAUUUACAAGGCCAACUACCCAAACCACUCAUUAGGACUCCCACUAUCACUUGUGACGCCUGAACACCAGGAGGGUGAAAACUAGCACAUGCCUCCGCCCUCCGAUACAUGUGAAGUCAGACUCCGCCUCUUUUUUUUUUUAACUGCUGCUAAUGCAGCAUUGCAGAGUAGCAUCACAGUGCUAACACUCGGAGGAAAGCUCAGCGCGACUCAGUUCUGAUACAACAGACGCAGCCUUGUGCUGAUCCACAUCACCCUAGGAGUGAUGAGGAAAAGAGCGGCAUCUACUGUACCCACCCAGAGAGAGCAAGGCCAACUGUGCUCUCUCAGGGCUCCAGUAGCUGAUGGCAAGCUACAUAAACAGGAUUCAAACCAGCGAUCUCUCGCUGGAGCGAGCCAAUAUAAUAUAUAAUAUAGCCAAUAUAACCACUUCCCUAUUUCUACAUCCAUUAUCUGUUUUUUCAGCUCUAUUAAUCAUAUUAUUGGACACUGUGUAGUUCUAUAAUAAAGUAUGCAGAGAAACAAAUGGACUACAGUCUUUUGUUAUAUUCAUUUCCUCCUGUUAAUUAAAUUCAAAAUGUUCAGGAACACAGCAGCUAAUAUUUGGACGGUGGAUUAUUCUCGUUUUCAGCACUGAAAGUGACACUGACUGGAAUAGUAGUGGUGUAUGAGGUGUUAGAACUGCCCACAGGAGGCUGUUGGUGGACUAUUUUAAUACCAUCAGUGACACUGAAGGGUUUAAAUACUGAAGAACAGGUGCCAGUGCGCCUUGGAAUCUGGUAGUUAGGUUGUAGCAACCGAUUAGCUGCUAAUGCUGCUGCACCCAGCCAUAGUAGAAAUCUGGAAAUCUAAGCUUACUGUAAAUAAAUACAUUUUCAGGGGAGAAAUCUGUGUAGAUAAACAUCCAGUGCUUGUUUGACUUUAAAAGGAAAAAAAUAUAUAUAUUUAAAAAAUACAGUUUUGUUUACUUAACUUUACUGGAUUAGCUGAUUUAGAAGAAAAACAUGGUGACACCCCUGUUUUAUACAGUGCACCUUAUGUAUGAAAAUAUAACAGAAAAUAGACUUUCAUCAAUAGUGCACCUUAUAAUCCAGUGCGCCUUAUAGUGUGAAAAAUACCGUACGCAGAGAAACAGAUAAAGGACUACAGUAUGUAAUUUUAGAACUACAAACUGCUACACUAUGCACAGCAGGGCUGAAAAAAAUGGGUGUAGAAAAAAGGAUGUGGUUAUUUUUGUUAUGCUAUAUCUGUGUAUAAAUAUAACCUGCUUUUUGAAGAUAUCACAGAUUAUUAUUAUUGACUGACACUUAUGUACAGUAUGUAUAUAUGAAAUUAAGGCUCCAGGUUAAAUAUGGAUAUGGACACUGAACUCUGUCUGCAGUCUGUGUUCAUUUCCAAGAUAUUUGUGCAUAUUUUUAAUAACCUUAAGGAUCUGAACAGAAUAGAAAUAGAGAUCAGUGUAGACAGCAGUUCACAUGUUUUUAAUGGUCUCAGAGACCACAAUUUAUACCCUGUUUUUGUUACAGGGAUGACAUAUUAUACAAGGUAAACAAUAUUAUUCCAAUUUUAAGACGACAAAACUAACUUUUUGCUAACUUAAACAAUGGGCAAUAUUGAGAAAAUCAAUAAUUAUUAAAGUCAUGCACAUAUACUGAAAGAUAAGUCAGUAACCAUUAUAGUGACAGGUUUAACAGUGACAAAAAAAAAAAACAUCUACUAUCACCAUGUUUGUGUUUCUGUAGUAAAUGUAUUGUUUAACAUCAAUGGCAACAUAAAUAAUGCAAAGGUAUUUCAGCAGUGAAUGUCACAAUGCCUGAAGUGACAUUUUCUUAUGUGAAGGGAGUGUAAAUGAGUUGAUUUCUUUAUUUUACACCAAUACUACUAAAAUACUAUUUUUAUUAUUUUCAAUUAUGACCCCUGACAUGCUCUACAAUAAUUUAUUUUGCUACAGUGUUAUGAAUCAUGCAGCUAUUAGGAAUGGGCUUUGGUUAUCUAAAUAUAUAAAGACAAGCAUACUUAUCUUCAGUUGAUUUACAUUUACAAGUUCUCAAAUAAGAAUAAAGCAUUUAUGUAUUAUCUUGUUUUAUUAUUGUAUUGUGAUCGAAUACUUUUGGCAAUACAGUGUAUAUAAAUGCUCCCUGUACACUUAUUUGUGUAAGUACUAUUUAUUAUUUUAUACUGUUCUGUAUUAAGCAAAAACAAACCACUGUGCUGUUUAAUUUCUUAAUAAAUCAAUAGUUUUCUAAGCGAUA